GUGCCGGAAAAAUAAAGAAACGCAAGUCGGCGUGGAAAACAAAAUUGAGAAAAAGUUGUUGGUCAAGUUGCCAAGCAGCCAAUCAGAUUCAAAUCCUAACGGCCUGUGCCACGUGAUCUCCCGCCCAACUGUGACGUCCGCAUCCUGAGUAUAAAAGGCAAGACGCAGGCAGCUACGCCAUUCCAGCCUUUGGUUUGAGGUUUUUUUUUUCGCUGAAGACGACGGGGGAAGAAGUCUCUUGUUCUGUGUGUUGUGUGUGUGAGGAUAACAAAAAAAACAGCCGCACCUUCAAAACAAAAUUCCUUUUCAUGUGAUUUUUUUUUUGGUCAACCUUGGGACACUGAAUCUCCUGUUUGUGCUCUUUUUAGAUUUUUUUUUUCCAAAAAACAAAAAAAAAGGAGAGGAGUUUGCAAUUCUUGCGAAAGGCGACAGAUCAGCAAAACAAAAGCGAAAAAAUAUACUCUACCCCCUAAUAAGCUCCUUUUUAAAAAAAAUUUACAAAAAUAAGUCAUGAAAAUCUCUUUAACAAAACAAUUGUCAACAUUGUGUUGUGUUUGCACAUAAAAAAAAAGCUCGAGGCGCUGUCAAGGAGAGUUUGAUAUUUUGGAUGCAGAUCUUUCAGAACACUCAGGAAACAAAACCCUCCGUGGACUCGGUAUACGGUUGUAGGAUAAGUCGAUUGGAUUCAGGAUUGUAAUGGGAAUCAGACUUGUAAUUGAUACAAUGGGUUCGGGGCCUGUAGAUCCAAAAGAGCUCCUGAUAGGGUUGGACUGCCUCCUUGGUAAAGAUGGGGAAAUUAAAAGUGGUGAUGGUGUCAUUAGAAUUUACAGGUUAAUGAAGGAUGCGAAAAAGCUUGUAAGCAGAUGCAUGUACUUGAACAUCCUGCUACAGACUAGAUCGGAGGAUAUCCUGAAUGAGUUCAUCAAUGUUGGCGGUUACAAGCUGCUGAAUAACUGGCUGGCCUAUUCCAAAUCUACUAGCAAUGUGCCAUUGUUACAGCAGAUUCUGCUGGCAUUGCAGUUGCUGCCACUCACUGUGGACCAUCUGAAACAAAAUAACACAGCCAAGAUAGUGAAGCAGUUAAGCAAGAGCUUUGAUGAUGAAGAACUCAGGAAGUUGGCACAAGUUCUGGUCAACCAUUGGAUGACUGUAAUUCGUUCUCAGAGCACAGGUCCUGGUGUGCAAGAUAAACAGCCAGAGAGGAAGAAGCGGAAAGAUGACAAGAAAGAUGAAGGCAAGGUUCGAGCGCCAGUUUCUGAACGAGUCCCAGAUCCAAAAUCGGACCUCCGAGUGGAGACAAAGGAGGAGGAAACGUUGGAGAAGAAACGAGAGAAGCCCAAAUCGUUACGGACAACGGCACCCAGUCACGCCAAGUUCAGGUCAACAGGCCUGGAGAUGGAGGUUCCCAUUCUGCCAAAAAAGAGCUCCUCUGGCCCAGUAAUUUCCGACAAGUAUAACAUCAAGCCAACGCCUCUGAAAAGACCAAGCACAUCUCUAAUGAGUAGCGCUGCACCACACGUGGAGAAGAAGUACAAACCACUGAACGUAACACCCAACACUACCAAGGAAAUCAAAGUCAAGAUCAUUCCUCCCCAGCCUAUUGAAAGCACUGGUUUUCUGGAGGCGCUCAAUUCUGCCCCAGUACAUGGACUAAAAAUCAAGAAGAAGAAGAAGAUUACAUCCCCAACCAGUGUCAAGUCCAAUCCUUUUGAUCAAAAAGCCAGCCCUGAACAGACCAGCACUAAGCCUGCUUCUCCAGAAGUUGCUGUCGCUGAGCCCAUGGAAGUGGAGAGACCUGGUACACCUGUGCCAUUGGAAGAGGUGUCUGAGCCUGUGGAAAUGACUGUUGAAGAGGAUACUGCAGUGACAGUGGCUGAACCCUCUCCCCCUGAGGCAGCGCCUGAAGCAUCCAAGCUGACGAGAAAGGGAAAGAAAAGAAAGACUGUGUCGUGGCGCGAAGAAUCCAAGCUGCGAGAAUACUUCUAUUUUGAGUUGGAUGAAACGGAGAGAGUUAACGUCAACAAGAUCAAAGACUUUGGUGAAGCUGCCAAGCGGGAAAUGAUGAUGGAUCGGCAGGCGUUUGAGACUGCUCGCAGGUUGAGCCAUGACACGAUGGAGGAAAAGAUCCCUUGGACAUGUCCCGUUUUAAUCGAUUUAGGUCCACAGCUAGCAGAGAGGGGGAGUAACAGUCAGGAGAAAUAUAUUCAGGAGGAGCGAGAAAAAGGAAUCUUACAGGAAAUCUUUCUUUCCAAAGACUGUGUUCCAGAGAGCCCCCACGAACCUGAUGCAGAGUCUUAUGAAACAAUUCCACCCAAGAUCAUUCCAUUGGAUGAUGAGAAUGGCAUAGAGGAUCCUUCUUACGAGGAGCCAUUACAAACAGUCGCUGCUUCCCAGUCCCCAGAUGGUUCAGGAAGCUCCAAACUGCCUCCAGUUCUGGCCAACCUGAUGGGCAGUAUGGGCAUGGUGAAGACCCAGCAACCUGGAUCAAAUGCCAAUCCCAGCAUCAAUGUCCAGGAGUUGCUCACCUCCCUCAUGAGCAAUCAAAAACCCAUUGAGGAGUUAGUCAAACAGCCAGAGUUCUCUGAUAAAAUCAAACAGCUGCUUGGACCACUACAGAACCAAGUCCCUCCAGGUCAGCGAAUGGCUGGCCCCCCACCAGCAGUGAACGGCUUCCCUCCUAACCAAAAUAACGUGCCUCACUUCCAUCCAAGUGGUCCUGCGGCACCAGGAGGACCUUUCCCAGCUCCCCAUGGUCCUAGCGGUCCAAGGAUGAUGGGCCCCCCUCAUCAAAGAGAUGGCUAUUGGGACCAGCCGAACGACAACAUGAGGGGCAACCCGCACGGCAUGCGUGGAGGACCCUACCAGCGCGGUCGGGGGCGCAGUGGUGACCAGAAUUUCAGAGGCCGAAGUGGGCGAGGCCACCUCCACGGGGGAGGAAGGGGCGGGCAUGGCAAUGGAAUGGGUGGCAACCACAGUGGAGACAUGUCGAACAGACCUAUGUGCCGGCAUUUCAUGAUGAAAGGCAGUUGCCGCUACGAGAGCAACUGUGCCUUCUACCACCCCGGGGUGAAUGGCCCCCCACUGCCCUGAAAUCCAAAAUGAUCCGGUUAAAGAAGUAACGGUGGAAAAUUAGCGUCGGCUGAAGAGAGUGGAAGUGUGGUCUGGCUGGGCCAGACAAUAGUUCCUGUGGAGAUUACUGACAUCCCAGAGUGAGCAGGCCUCCCUCUAUCCUGUGGAAAGUUUGGACAGUUCACUACUGUACUACAGAUGAACAGGACCUGGCCUGGGUAUCCCAUCACGGUCUACAUAGGCUUCUAAAUAAUGGAACUGAAAGGACAUUAGGCUUGGGAUUUAGACCACUACAAUGUUGUUGCUGUUGCUCAGAUACUGACCCCAACUCAGUUUAUUCCUCCUUUUUCCUGCACCCCUCCCUGCCCCUAUUUUUGUUUGCCGCUGUGAGGCUUAUUAAGGCAGCUUGAGAAGCAGAUGAACUUGAAGAGGAAAAAGGAACUGCUUUUCUCAGGAAGGCUGCUCUCUAUACUCUUGCCAGGAUGAAAAAUAAACAAGACUGUCCUUUUCCCAUUUAGUCAUUACAACAUGUGAUGAAGGGCAUGGGUGGGGUAGAGUGACGAACAGCUCGUGUGUGGUCUGCUGAAGAUUUAGGAAAUGCCUGCCCUCUGCUGUUCUAUUGUAUUGGAAACAGAGCAGAGGGACAUCCACACCUCAGACUAGGCAACUACUGAAUGAUUCUACCUCUGUAUUAAAAAAGAUAGUGGUCAACUAUUUCAAUACUGCAUUCAACACCCAGCUGAAUCCUCUCUCCCUGUGUAUCAUGUUGAGACUUUAUUUUCCAAUGAAGGAGAAAAUGCACUGAAAUUGGAGCUUGCUUCAACCAGUGUUUUCCAGAGAUCUUAUGUGGAAGUUGCCCAAUCGCUUUCCCUAUUGACUCCCUACCUCCUGUUUCCUUUCUCACCCACCCACCCCCAUCCUUAUUCCAUAACAGAAGUGCUGAUACCCUUUCAGUUGCCCUUUUGGUGAGCAGUAGCUGAAAUAUUUUCAAACUAUUUUUGUAAAUAUCUAUUUUGUAAUAAAUGCUCAGCAUUUAGCUAAUGAGUGUGGGGGGGAGGGGACAAUAUUGUACUUCUAUUGGAUGAUGUUGCCUGACUCUUCCUCUGGCCAAGUGUGUAGUUUAAGUCGAUCCCAAGUGCUUGCAGCAUUCUUCCCCCUUGCCCCUCACUCGCUUGAAGUAACUUGUCAAACCCAGGACAAAUUACACAUCAAACUUGUGUCAAUGUAAAGCCUUCUAGUGUGGUUGUAUUCUGCUGUGACAGCAUUGCUCACCAGAAUAAACCAGAGUGGACAUUUUUCCUCAAUUGUCCAAACUGAAGUUUCUGGUUAAAUGUUUGGCUGGCCAGGCUGGAAAUGCUUCUUUUAGCAUUUCUGAAAGUGAUGAUCUUAGAAUGUUGCGGAAAACUUUGAGGCAUAGGGAGCUGGCUGUUCAGAAACCACUGUUUCAAGCCCAUUGACAAAAUUAUCCUGUGCAUAUUUGAAGUAUUAACAAGGUCAAGCUUAAUCAUCUUAACUCAUAAAAGCUGUAUCUGAAGUAUGAGUUUUCAGAGUUGAGGCUGAAUUAUUGAGUGUGACGAAGUAAGAGCUUGUACAAGCUGUCAGCUUAAUCCUGAAAUUAAGGCAUUGAGACUUCUGUCAUUAGGGCUUCCCUCAACUGAUUAACUUCCAUCUAGUCAUUCCUAUUCCCCCUGAUUUUGCACUUUUUUUUAAAAAAAAUGUCGAAGGGUACACUUCUUCUGUUUUCUAUUUUUGUUGUAUACUUAAGAGCCACACAGUAACCAUCCAUAUCAGUAUCCAAUCACUUGUUGAUGGGUGCAAAAAUUGUUAAUAUCCAGUUUGGUGCUCAGUUUCAUUCCAGGCCCUGAACUUCUAAUAGUUCAGUAGUGGUUGGGAGGGAGGAGCUACUCCUUGGCUUGCUGAACAUGCUUGUGUUCCUGUGAAGAUUUUUUUUUAAUUGUUUGAGCCAGGAACUGUGCAGCCAUCUUGGUUAAUGAGAGCCCACAGCACUUGAGGCUGGUUUAAUUUUUUUUCCUAGCUUGAACAGACAUUUGUGAAUUGAAACCCUGGCCUGAAAUUGAAAGUUGUAUUACCUGUGUGUAUUUUUUUUAAAUCAAGAGUAUCCACUGGGCAAUUGAAUAAUUCACAACAGUCACUUAUGUCACAGUUGGAAGUGGCAAGUUAAUGAAGGUUCCAAUGCAGAACCUAAAUUGACAGUGAUAAAUGUGUUGCAGCCUUUAGGAGGGAACAAGGUGAAGGGGUAGAGAAAUGUGAAACAUUACUUGGAAAUCAGUAUUGUCGAGGAUUAACCACUGAUCUUCCUUAGGAGGGGGAGCUAUUACAUUGUAAGAAUGCUUCGAAUCAACUGAGUCUCCUUUCUCUCCCCC